UCUUUCGAUUUUAACGGAUUUAUAUAAAAACUAAACGCGCAUGUGUAGACAUUUUCUUUUGUUCGAAUGAUUUUGGCAUUGUUACUUAUGUUUACAUUUUUGUUCUUAUGUUAAAAAGUACUGCCACAUAACACUGUUAAUGCUCUAAAUGUAUGAAUACGAAUUAAUAUUUUUACUAAAUUUUUAUAAUGGAUAACUUAACUACAGAAAGCGUGAAAGAAAUUUUUGGUACAGAAUUUCAAAAAUUCUGUGAAGAGUGUAAAAUAGUACUUACAAAAAAUAAAUGUGAUGCUUUUAUGGUAUCUAAUCCUGUUGCUUUAAAACAAUGUUUAGAAUUUCUUGAUAAAGAGAAGAAACAAUUAAAUUAUCAGUUGAUAAAGAUCCAGAAUUCGUGUCCAAAUUAUUCAAAUUAUGGAGAUCAUAAACAAAGUACGGUAAUUUGUUAACCAUUUUAUUAGAAUAUUAAUGAGUUAAUUUAUGUAAUUGACAUUACUAUUAUAGAGUUAUGUAAACAGUACAUAUUUGCACCAAAAAGAGAGAAAAAAUCUUGCGAAGAAACUACAUACCCACCUUCUAAUUUAAUACUUGCAAAUUUAUCAUUGGAAAUUUAUUUACGUAAUACAUCUGCAAUCUUACCCAUUCACACAUUUCGUCAGAUGUCAAUAAAAUGUACUUUAGAUACAGCUAAAACUGGAGUGGAAAUAUACAAAGACAUUAUAAACACUCCUGUAAACGAUAUUAUUAUUACUGAUUAUGAAGCUUCUAUUCCUUCAAUUUCUUUACUUUUGGAAAAAUUUCAAAAGCAUCAUAAAAUGUUUCAUUAUUCUAGCAUAUUAAAGCAUUUAAUUUCUAAACAAGAAGUUAAUCAGAAAUCACAGUGUAAAUAUGCAAUAAACGCGAAACAGAUGAAGCUAUUUUUCAACCUUGUAUUUACUAAAGUAAUUCCUCUGAAUAUAUUUGGAAAGUUAAGAAAUUUGAAAAAAAUUAAGAAAGCUCUGUUUCAUUUACUAAAGAUACCAUGCUUCAAAGCUUUAGAUUUGAAGUUAUAUAUUAAUAAAUUAGAUAUUUCUAGCAUUAAUUGGUUACAAAGCAUUAAAAAGCCAAAUAUAGCAUGGGUUCUUCUUGCGAAAUUUGUAAAGUGGCUUUUCACUGGAUUUCUUUUAAAAGUAUUGCAUAUUUAUUUUCAUGUAACAACAGUGUCUUGCUACAAUAAUGAAAGAAUAUACAUAGUACGUUCAGAAUGGUUUAAAAUUAAUAAACGAUUUAUUCAACGAAAGAUUCGUUCAAAUGCUUUACAACUAGAUCUUAGCUGUAAUCAUUGGAAGCCACCAUUAACUGUAUAUAAAUUAUACCCUAAAUAUUCUACUGUACGACCUUUAUUUGUAUUGCGGUAUAAAAAUGAUAAUGAAAAAACAAAUUUUUUCAUUGUACAACAAUUUCUAAAACAGUUACACAUCACAGAAUAUGGAUUAAAUAGUUUUGAGGACAAAUGGAGGUCAAUUGUUCAACACAAACACACUUUAAAAGAUAAAAGGUUGUAUUUUGUAUUAUGUGAUGUGACGGAUGCUUUUGGUUCUAUAAUACAAGGAAAAUUAUUUGAUAUUAUACGAUCUUUUUGUGAGAAACUUCCUGACAAUUUAAUACUGAGACAUUACGCCGUAAAAAGUAAUAUAUCAAAAGAUGAUAUUCUAUGUUAUAAACAAUAUUUUUGUGACUCACAUUUGCAAUUAUCAGUACCACCUGGUACAUUGUAUGCGCGUACAAAUCAUAUUCAACAAAUAAAAAAAAGUUGGUUGCUAGAAAAAAUUCGAAAAUACAUCUUUCAUCAGACGGUACAAAUAGGUAAAAAAUAUUAUAUUGUAACAAAAGGAAUCGUACAAGGUAGAAUAAUAUCACCUAUUUUAUCAGAUAUAUAUUUUGAUUUUGUAAUACAAAAGGAAAUGGCAGUAUUUCUACGAACUGGUCAAAUUAUCAAAUUUGUGGAUGAUAUUUUAUUUGUAACUGAAGAUGAGGAUUCUGCAAAACAAUUGUUACAGUUAACAGCAAAAGGAAUCCCAAAAUAUAAUUGUCGAUUUAAAACAGCGAAAACGCAAACUAAUGUGGCCUGCAAUGAAGGUACAGUUACAGAUAAUAUUAGUUUCAUUGGUUAUAAGAUUAAUUGUACAACUUCAGAAGUACAAUAUAAUAUACCAAACAUAAAUCUACGUUAUUUGAUGUCUUUAAAAAAAAAUUUGAAUCCUUUAAAGAUUCUGCGAUUACGAUUAUGUAAGUUAGCAAAUCUGAAAUUAUCAAACAUUGUCUUAGAUACCAGAAUUAAUUCUGGAACAACAAUUAAAGCAGCAUUGGAGAAUGCAGGUUUAGUGCAAGCAAAUCGUGCUUGCAUUUUAAUAAAUGAAUUAUUCGAUGAUAUUCAAACUAAUGUUGAAAGUAUAUUUAAAAUUAUCAAAAACAGUAAUAAACUAAUUGCAAGAUUUGUGAUAAAAGUUUUUCUAAAAUAUGAAGGAAAAGUGAAGGAAUUACGUAUUCGGAGAUGGAACAAAGAAAUUCUUUCUAUUUUGUGGGCAUCUUAUAAACGCAUUUUUAUAAAAGAUAAAGUUUUACGAAAACAUUUUAUUAUGUUCUGUAAAAAGUAAACAGUACUCUAAAUAUUUCUUUUAUUAUUAUAUAUUAUAAUAUUUAGUAUGUAAUUAAAAAGUAUGAGUGAUAAAUAUCGAUUCAAACUUUUCUGCAUGAACGUUUAUACGCAAGUGGUGAGGAGCUACAGACCUCUGUAUGCAUACAUAUAAGCAGCGAUGCUAGAACCAUAAGACGGUAAUUGAAGAAUGACAGAUCGAAUAGAUGGAAUUUGAUUCUUCAUUUAUAUUAUUUUUGUCGAGAUUAUAUUAUUUUGUCGACUCGUCGAUGCUGCUGCCACAUGCUUAGGUGGCUUGAGGUAGUGCUGUGUUUCAUUAGACGAUCACCCCACCUCGGAAGUUGCCGGGCCUGUGUAUGCGACUGUGCUUCCGGUAAAGGAUUUCGGGCGGAAAAUAAAAAUAAUGACACUUAUUUCUAUGAAUAAAGAAAUUUUUUUCUUUUGCGUGAAAAA